GCUGCUGGUACCCAGAGAGGCCUUGACCCCCAAGAAGGUAGCAGGUGCAGGACCCGGGGGGCCUCAGCCUGUGUGGGUGUGGAUCAGGGCAGCCUGCCUGGAGGAGGCAGCCUCAAAGCUGUUAGGGGGGUGUUGCUGGAAGAGGCAAAGGCCUGGCCCAGAAUCCUCCCUCCCAUGGUGAUGACCAUCUCUGCCCGCCCCCAACACCCAGAACCCCAACCAGUGGGCAGGCUGCAGGCUGGAACCCGCUGCCCCGGGUAACCAGGCAAACAGAACCCCACCAGGUUCUCAGCCUGUUCUCUGGUUGGGCCACCUGCGCUCCCACUGCCGCCCUCCUGGCCUGUCUGGACCGGGCCCCUUGCUGCCCCAUGCAGCACCCCAAACCGUUCUAUGCCCCUGCAGCUCCCCAGGAAGGUUUCAGCCCCCAGAGUCUGGAGGGGGCCGAGGUGCUGGGCCGCCAGCCUGCUCCUACCUGCGCCGAGCCUCCUCCCGCUGUGGGCUCCUUGAACCUGUAUCAUCCCCCAGACCCAGAAAAAGAGGUGUUUCCAGCCCCUCCAGCAGGUUUCCAGAUGGCCCCGUGCGGGUGCUUCUUUGACCCCCGCAUCUAUCAGAUCGAGUGGACCACCCCCGACCUGGGCCAGUCAACCCUGUACAAGCUGGCGGCAAGCAGUGGGGGGCCAGCGGGGGUCCCCUCUGCCCCAGGCAGCUACCUCCUGGAGCCACAGCCCUACCUCAAGGCCCCGGGGCUGCCCCCAUAUCCCCACUGCCAGCUGGCACCCAGGGGUCCCCAGUUUCUCUUGCCCUACUUCCCGCCCGAGGGCCCCGGGCCAGAGGCUCUGGGCUUUGUGGGGGACGCAGGGUCCGCCGCCUUCGUGGAGCUGCCCCUACCGCCCCUAGAGGAAGGCCCGGCCCCGCCGCCACCCCCACCCCCCAAGGAGAACAAGCCGCCCCCUGUACUCAUCAUGCUGCCUGCAGAGCCCACACUGCCCCCGGACGCCUACAGCCACCUCCAGGGUUACCUUGGCCACUUCCCUGGGCCCGAACCCCUGGCCUUCCCCGUCAAGGAGCUGCAGGGCAGCGGGGUCCGACCUGGGGUGCCCCUGUACCCACCGGGCCUCAGUGAGCUCAAGGUGGCUGAGGUCAAGGAGGGGGCCCUGCUGGGGGCAGGCGAGGCCAAGGCCCCUGAGACGCCCAGAGCUUUGGCACUGCCUGACAAGGUUCUGCUGGAGGACGCCAUGAAGCUCUUCGACUGCCUGCCAGGCGCCUCUGGGCCUGAGGGUUCCCUGUGCGAGGCGCCCGGGCCGGCCCUGCCUGACAGCAGUGGUGAGAACUCAGCCGAUGACAUCCGCUCGCUGUGCCUGCCGGAGGAGCUGCUGUGCUUCGACUACAGCGUGCCUGAGAUCCUGGAAGCCGUGUCCAACGUCGACUACUUCAACUUCAAGGCGCUCGAUGAGGAGCAGCCGCCCAGCCCGGGGCCCCCUGCUGCCAACACCCCGGCCCCCAUUCUGCCCAGCAAGAGAAAGGCCUCAACGGCCAAGAAGGGAAAGCCCGGAGGGAAGGCCAGGCAGCCGGCAGGCCCAGCCAGCGCCACUGCCCCCGGGCCCAGGCAGGACCUGGGAGCCACCCCCCAUUAAAGCACAUUUGACCUUUCA